GGGAGCUACGUUGUCCUGAAAGGAUUAAAAACCGAUGCAGAGACAUUUCUGCUCGACAAGUGAGCCCAUCACUUUUUCCUCCACUGGCUGUGCAGGCAAUCAAGCCCCCCAACACAAUGGACGAUUGUUAAACCGUCCCUCCGAGCCUCAGCCCAAACUCCCAUACAUCUCUCAUGGGAGUGUCUCUCAGGAGGAGAAGCCAGGCACUUUGAAGCAAAAUGGUUUAAAGGGUGUCUCUGGAAAGGUGCAAAAGCACCCAAAAAAGAAGGAACCUCUUGAUGGCCCAGAGGCAUUGAAAAAAUAUGGCACCAGAUUGACUGAGUUUGAGCAGAAGGAGAUUCUGGGAUACACAGAGAUCUGGUACCUCGGCUUAAAAGCUAUGAAGAUCCGAAAAUAUGAUGAUGAGAAAGACCGUUAUAUUAUGGUUGCUCAUGAUCACAUUGCCUACCGAUAUGAGGUGCUUGAAGUGAUGGGUCAAGGCGCAUUUGGUCAGGUGAUAAAAUGUCGGGACCACAAGACCAAUGAGAUGGUUGCAAUUAAAAUACUGCGCAGAAUGAAAGAUGAUCAAACUUCCAUGACAGAGGUCAAGAUUUUGGAGGCUCUGCUCAAGAAAGACAAAGACUCCAGCACCAAGAGCGUCCAAAUGAAAGACCACUUCAUCUUUCGCAGACAUCUCUGCAUCGCCUUUGAGCUUCUGGGAUCAAACCUGAAUGAGAUUCUUAAAAAGCGACACCGCCAGGGCCUUUCCAAGAAUCUGGUCCGCCGUUAUGCCCGCUCGUUGCUGAAGUGCUUGCAGGCGCUUCACGAUGAGAAGAUCAUACAUGCUGACCUCAAGCCUGAAAACAUCCUGGCGAUUGACGAAGAGCACUCUGACAUCAAGGUGGCUGAUUUUGGAUGCGGCUGCUAUGAAGAUGAGCAAGUUUUCGGCUACAUAGGAACUCGGUGGUACCGUGCACCUGAGUUGCUGCUACGUCAGCACUAUGGCACUGCCAUAGAUAUGUGGAGCUUUGGCUGUGUCCUAGCAGAACUCCACACUGGGCAUCCCAUCUUCACCGGCAGAAAUGAGCUUGAUCAGCUGUCCUGUAUAAUACAGGUGCUUGGAAUGCCUUCUAUUGAUGUAACAGAAAAAUCGGAAUUUUGGACUGCGUUCUUUGCUGGCAAGUGGAAAAACAAGACUGUAGCCAAACACGCAGGCAUCAGACACCCCAAAUCCAGACCUCUGGUCAAUAUUCUGGGAACCACCGAUCCUUCCUUUUUGGAUUUCAUGCAGCGCUGCCUGACGUUGGACCCCAAGAUGCGUAUGACACCACAGGAAGCCAUGCAGCAUAAAUGGAUCUUAGAGGGUCGCCACAACAACCAUAACGGGACUCAUGACCAUCUGCGGCAUGAGCCGAAGGACAGCACUGUGAAACCAUCUUACCCCAAACCUGGGUCUGGUCCUUUGAACAAAAGGGGACACAAGGCCUUAUUAUGUGAGGAAAGGCUGGCACGUCUACGAAACGUGUACAAUCCCUUGAAAAUAUCAACCCUCAAGCCCUUAGUGAAGCACCCACCAUGAAGUGGCGACAUCACCCUGGGUAGGAAGGAAGGAAGCAUUUAUAUAGCAUUGAAACAUAAAGUCAGGGCUGGACAUAUCUGUAUUCACAAAAAGCUUAGGGCUAAAAGUUGUUCCUG